CACACAACACCACUCUUCAAACGCGCUGCCGGCGGAUCAGCGCAGUCGAGCAUCGUCAGCAGCUGCUCUGCUCAUUCGGGCGAUGAUGGAGGGAGGCCAAACGUACCUCUAUUGGCCUUUGACUACCGACAAGAUAUUAAGCUGGUCAGUAUGUGCUCUGCACUAGGCUUUCGAAUGGGUCCAUGCCCCGCGAUCCGCGUACAAGUAAACAUGCAGUAAGAAAGUUCAACUGCGCCCCCUUGCUCAGCGACCAGCUUCGAGUGUCUCUUCCACAUCUUCCUAUUGGCAAAGCAAGCCAAAAAGACCCUAGGAAUUACAGAACAGAGCGGCAGUCCCUGGCUCUUCUCCACGCAUUCGGUAGCCACAGCGCGUCUGAAGAGUCCAUCGAUGGCUUCUGCGCUCGCUCAUCAACGUCAUCUGGUCGCUAGACACCUUGAAUGCAGAGUCCUCGCUCGCUCACUGCAAGCAGCGGCGAUCAUCUCUUCACCUUGCACGUGGGAAGUAGACCGAGCUGCACGGACCUGCCGGCGAACGCCGGACAGGUCUACCUGACAACUUUGAGCCCAAGCAUGCCGCAUUACGAGAAUUACGUGAGGGUCCGAGCUUGCGCGAGCGGACGUCACGAGACACCAAGCGCUUCAUCGUCGCAAGCCGAAGUGACGUACUGCUAUGAAUCACCGCAGCGUCUAUUGAGCAACAUCAAUUCGGUCGAAUCCUUCUUCCUGCGCAUCAAGGGUCCAGCUGCCUCUCUCGACGAGCAAAGCCUGCGCGAAACAUUUGGACAGGUGGACAGCAUACGUUCGAUCGCCUACGCACAGCCUAGAAGCCUCUCUGGUCAAGCAUCGCACUGUCAUCUGGAAUAUGCCAAUCUAGCAGCAGCUCAGACGGCGGCGACAAAGUUCAACGGACGACUGGUCUUGGGGGGCGUUUGGUCAGUGAAGCUGCUCAACGACACUUGUACGCUGCCCGACUACACCUCGUGGGGUCAGCUCCUCGAGAAAGACGAACGUCUGGCCGAACGUUGCACUGCCAAAUCCGGACCGCAAGGCGUCUACUUUGCGAAGGUGGACGUGUCAGGCUUGCGGUGCUUUACGCUCCAAUUUUGGCUCGCGGACUUGCUCAGGCCAGAGUAUGGAGUCGAGGCGAUCAGAUUCGAUAUUACGAUGGAUGACGAGACGCAAGACUUGACGUGUACUAGGACGAGGAGGGGUCUGCUUCGAGAGAGCCCCUUUUGCACCGAAGAGAUACCUCUUCACAAAGAUCAUGGACUCAUCAAGAUCUUUUUGAGUCCCCAAGACGAUUGGCAAAGACCCUUGCCGCGCAUAGCAUUUGUGCUAGAGUACAGCACCCAGCACUUUCGCAGCCACACCUGGCGAGCGACGAGUCGGUCUUCAUCUCUCACUGAACGGGCACCAGCUCAAGAGGUGAUGCGAGUGUCAAAUAUGCCAGGUGGGCCUUCGUAUAGUCUCAGAGAUACGAGUCGGUUACCGACGUGUAUCGAAACGUGCAACGGUGCUGACGGUCAAGGCGCACAGGCCUUGGUGCCUUCAGGGGUUCCAUGUGCCGCGGAUCUUCGAAACGACGUGCCUUGCGUGCACCCACCUCGACGGGAAGAGAAGCUGGGCAAAUAUUCGACGGGACCGGAAGAAGAGGCGCAGACGCAUUGGUCGAAGCGCCUUCCUCUACACUCGCAGGUCGAAGCUGAGCGCGCUGCGCUAACGAAACCGAGCGCUAGCCAUGCUAGAGAAAGCAGCGAGGAAGGAGAAGUCAGCAAUGAUGGUUCGAGUCGCGUUUUUGAGCCUUGCACGAGGUUCCAGACCCCGAAAAGCACAGAGAAAAUUGCGCAUCCCUCCAGCCACCUCGACGCGCGACCAGCCAGGAGCGAUGCCCAGGUCCAACGAAGCAUUUCACCUGAAAAGGUUGCGAAGGUGGCCGCCCGAGCACAAGUUGUGGAAGUCAUCGAUACGAUCACGUCAACCGAAUCGGAAAGACAACGCCAGCUACGAGAACAAAACGAAAAGCUUCGACAGGAUAUACAGGAGCUGAAGCUGCGGCGCGAGGUGAGCAGAGGUCAGAAAGGAGCGGAGCUUGGCGGAGCUUUACAUCUUGACGAUGCGCCACGUACCGCACUCAUACAGAAGGAGCAGCUGACGACGGAGCUUAGCAAAGAGACAAGACAAUCAAGAGGUUUCGAUGCUACCUCGUCUACGCCGCCCAAGCUGCUUCGACGCAAAAGGGAUUACGAUGCUCGAAGCGUCUCGGAGAUCUCGCACGCGCGUCGAUCUGCAUCCGCCGAGGCGAUGGCGGGAAGAGAUCAUCAUCGGCCCGGACCUGAUCCAGCAUCUCACCGACCUAGAGAUGUGCAGACCGAUCGAGCGAUCCAACGCCGGGAGUCUGCAAGAUUUGAACCGCUCUCGCCUGGAGGUUUCAUCCGUCCAGAAGGUGGAGAGACUGGGAAGGCGCGCCGACGUCAAGCUUGGGAUCGACACACGCCCGAAUGGAGGCAUGACACGGGAGCUACCAUGGACGAAGUCGAUCGGUACGGCUAUGAUUCGAGAGAUCGAUGCAGAGAUUCCGCCCCUGAGGCUGAAGACCCUCGGAUGUAUAGACGUAGAAAUGGACGUGAAGAUUGGACAAAUUACCGUCCUCGAUCUCGCUCGCCGAUAAGACAGUCUCAUCGCAUGCGCAAUGCAUGUUGAGUUGGCUUCCUGGUGCUCGCUGCCGUACUGUGGCGAGAGCUGGGGAGGAGGUAAGACGAAGAGCAAGGCAUUGCGCGCUCCCGAAUGGGCUUCUCAAUCACGAAUCUCGCACUACAAGACACGACGUGCAUCCCCGUCCGCGACCGCUCACGUGACGGUGCAUCGUGUCAUACCCUCAUCGCGCUAAAAACAAAAAAAAAAAAUCCAAGAAG